AUGCACUUUGCCUCUACUGCCCACUUCAUCGAGCGGUCCGUGUUGAACCCCAUCGCCCGUCGUCAAGCGACGGGUCUGUUCAGACGCCACCGACAGAGCGCCACUACCAACGGGUUGUGCCUCACGACCCGAUCGGCUGCCAAUUCUACUUUUACAAUCCACGAAAAGGACAAUACGCCGUCUGUGCAAACUUCUGCCCCGUCGGCCACUGCCUCAAAGCCGACGGACGUGACGAACGAACCUGCGUACCUGUUGCACUUUAAGCAGUCGGCCGCGCAAUACGCGACGAAUGAGGUGGGCGAACCCAUUUGGGACCACCCGCUCACGCGCGCCGUGUACGACCUCGAGAAGAUUUCCACUCUCGAGCAGACGCACCACCCGACAAGGAAACUCUACGAGCGCGCGGCGCUCUUGGCGGUCAAAGCCCUCCGCACGGGCUUUGACGUUGUGUCGCGCUACCGCGGGCCCGGGGGGGCCAUGACGGAGACUGACUGGCUCAACCGCUGUCUCUUUCUGGAAUCCGUGGCCGGGGUCCCCGGUAUGGUCGGCGGGAUGCUGCGCCACCUGCGGUCGCUCCGGCUCCUGAAGCGCGACUAUGGCUGGAUCCACACGCUGUUGGAAGAGGCCGAGAACGAGCGCAUGCACUUGCUCAUUUUCAUGAACAUGAAGCAGCCAGGCUACUUUCUCCGUGCGCUCGUUGUGGCCGCGCAGGGCGUCUUUUUCAAUGGCUUUUUCCUCACGUACCUCGUGUCCCCGAGAACGUGCCACCGCUUUGUCGGGUACUUGGAAGAAGAGGCCGUCAAGACGUACACGUACCUGCUAAAGGACAUGGAAGACGGCCAUUUGGACGCGUGGAAGCAGCAGAAGGCACCGCUCAUUGCCCAGACGUACUACCAACUGCCCGAGACUGCGUCCGUGUACGACAUGAUCAAGUGCGUGCGCGCGGACGAGUGCAACCACCGAGACGUGAACCACGCGUUUGCCGACUUGGACCAGAAGAAGGGCGUGAGUCCGUUUGUCCAUGGACACCACCACUGA